AUGGAAAAUAACAGGAACAAUGUCAUCAAAUUUGUUCUCUUAUGUCUGUCCAGUGAUAGAAAUUUGCAGAUAUUCUGCUUUGGACUGUUCCUCUCUUAUUACAUUGUCAUCCUCUUAGGCAAUUUCUUCAUCUUCAUCACCAUCAAAUGGAGGCCCCUCUUCAAGCAACCCAUGUACUUCUUUUUCUGCCACUUGUCCUUCAUGGAUGUCUGCUAUACUACCACAGUAACUCCCAAACUGAUCUUCAUUCUCAUGGGUAUGGCCUACGAUCGCUAUGUAGCCAUCUGCAAACCUUUACACUAUAUGGUCAUCAUGAACGAGCAGCGGUAUGACACAGUGGUUGCAGUGUGCUGGGGAGGAGCAUUUCUUACAUAUGUAACCGGAUUUUUAGUCCUCACCAGUUCAGGAACAAUAGCGUUGGUUACUUUUGCAGUCUUGGUCUUCUCUUACGUCACCGUUUUAGCCACCCAGACGUUCCCCGAGGAUAAGGUGUUUGCUCUGUUUUACACCAUCAUUGCCCCCAUAUUCAACCCCCUUAUCCACACGCUGAGGAACGGAGAGAUAAAAACGGCCAUGAGAAAGAUGGAUCCUUCUCCUCCGGACGCUGCCGCGAGGGCCGGUGAUCUCCCUCCCUCCCCGAGCAGCCUGCUAUCGGGCUCCUAUGACCCGCGGCUGGGCUCGUGGCCGUCCCCCUCCCAGACCUCUGCAACCCCGCCCGAGGACACCGAGACAUGA